CGAGUGGCAGUGGGAGCGGGCGGGAAGUGGCUGUGGGAGCGGGCCGGGCCGGCCGGGAUCCGCCAUGUGAGAGCCCCAGACAGCCCCAGAUAGUGACAUUCGGGACUUUUGUAAAUAAAUAACAUCAUUUUUCUUCUGGCUCUUGUUCACCAAUAAAACAUGCAUGUAACAUAAUAGAAAAAAAAAUCCACUAGUAUAUUGUGAUACAUUGGAUAUGCUUCCUGCAUCUGAAGUCAAUGGAUGAUGUUGAGAUCUGUUUGUUCAAUUGGAAAAGCAGAUUACUCUUUACAUCUGUAGAAAUGGACAGCAGCAGUUUCAUUCAGUUUGAUGUGCCGGAGUACAGCAACACUGUUCUGAGCCAAUUAAAUGAACUCCGCUUGCAAGGGAAGCUCUGUGACAUAAUUGUGCACAUCCAGGGUCAGCCAUUCCGCGCCCAUAAAGCCGUCUUAGCUGCCAGUUCUCCAUACUUCCGUGACCAUUCAGCAUUAAGCACCAUGAGUGGCCUAUCUAUAUCAGUUAUUAAAAACCCCAAUGUUUUUGAACAGUUGCUUUCUUUUUGUUACACUGGAAGGAUGUCCUUGCAACUGAAGGACGUUGUCAGUUUUCUGACUGCAGCUAGCUUCCUACAGAUGCAGUGUGUCAUUGACAAGUGCACACAGAUACUGGAGAGUAUCCAUUCAAAGAUCAGUGUUGGUGAUGUUGAUUCUGUCACUGUUGGUGCCGAAGAAAAUUCAGAGAAUCGCAAUGGCGUUAAAGACAGCAGCUACUUUGCCAACCCUAUUGAGAUAUCUCCCCCCUAUUGCUCUCAGGUGCGACAAUCAGCAGCAGGCAGCGAUCUUCGCAUGGAAACUACUCCAGGAAAAACUCUUCGUAGUCGUCUGCAAGAAGAAGGGCAUUCAGACCGAGGGAGCAGCGGGAGUAUCUCUGAGUAUGAGAUUCAGAUUGAAGGUGAUCAUGAGCAAGGAGACCUAAUAGUAAGGGAAAGUCAGAUUGCAGAGGUGAAAGUUAAAAUGGAAAAGUCUGACAGGCCAAGCUGCUCUGAUAGCUCUUCCCUUGGUGAUGAUGGAUAUCACACUGAAAUGGUGGAUGGAGAGCAGGUGAUGGCAGUAAAUGUUGGUUCUUAUGGGUCUGUCUUACAACAUGUUUAUUCAUUUACCCAUGCCUCAUCACAGGCUACAGGUGUGUCAGAAACCUUUGGAAGCCUGAGCAAUACAAGUCCUUCAAGGUCAAUGCUGAGCUGUUUCAGAGGGGGUCGUGCACGCCAAAAACGAGUACCUACGGGUCACUUGCAUAGUGACGUCCAGGGCUUGGUGCAAGGGGCUGACAGUGAAUCCAUGGUGAGUAAUCCAGGAUAUGAAAAUAGUCCACGGGAAAGAAAUGCAAGAGGUCAUUGGUAUCCAUACAAUGAGAGGCUAAUUUGUAUUUACUGUGGCAAAUCUUUCAACCAGAAAGGGAGCCUUGAUCGACACAUGCGAUUGCACAUGGGAAUAACUCCUUUUGUGUGCAAGUUUUGUGGAAAGAAAUACACCCGUAAGGACCAACUUGAGUAUCAUAUUCGUGGUCACACAGAUGAUAAACCCUUUCGCUGUGAAAUCUGUGGAAAAUGUUUUCCUUUCCAGGGUACACUAAAUCAGCACUUGCGAAAAAAUCACCCGGGGGUUACAGAAGUGAGAAACAGGGUUGAGUCUCCAGACAGAACAGAAGCAUUUGUGGAACAGAAAGUAGAUAAUGAUGCUUCAGCUUCUGAAGCCAUGGAUUCUAGUAUGCAAAUUCAUGCAAUGUCUAACACGUCUGAUUAAAAUCUUAUAUCUAAGUGAAACACAGACAAGCACAUUACUAAUGUAUUUUUAAGUAUUUUUAUUCUUCUAGUAAUCUUCAAUACAAGUGUAACAGCCUUUUAAUUUUCCUGACCUUCUGAGAAGACUUCAGAAGUAUUUUCUUUGUUUUUGAAGGAUGAAUUGUUUGGGGUUUGUUUUUUUAUGUUUUAAGAUGUUCGGAAUCUAAAGACAGUGUACUGGGGAAAGGCUAGGAAGAGUCUGCUGAAGUGUCCCUGCUGAUUGAUCUGGUGAGACACAAAUGGCAGUGGAGAAAGAUAUUAGAAUAAGAUUGGCAGCUCUGCUGAAUCCUCAAAGAAGCUGUAAUUUCCUUUAUUUCUUAAAUCCUGUUGCUGGUAAUGAGUUGUGGGGAGAGAGAAUAUUACAGCUUUGAUUCCUCUUCUGUCACAAUGAAAU